AUGGUGACGUUAUCGGGGUGGUUCCCUGCUCACGCGUUGCUUGUUCUGCUGGCCGUGGCCGUGCUCGCGGCGCACGCUACACCCAGGGAAAGGGAGCUCCAAGAUGACGGGUUGGCACUGACUCCCUUCGGCUACUGGCCCGCUGCCUGCGUCCACGCCGCUCCCAACGGAGCCCAUGUGGAGACGACGGCCAAGGGGCUGGUGCGCAUCGUGCACCCCGACGGAUCGGAGCACCACCACCAGCCGUGCGCCUCCCGCUACUCGCCUUCUCGCCUCCAAGAGCUGAAGCAGCACGCGCAGGCCAAGCGAGGACAGGGCAACGGCUGGCAGGUCUACACGCUGCAACAGUUCAGCAACAAUGUGACCUCGCUGCUGGGCCAGUGGCCCGUACCGCCAGCACCUGAGAACUUUGACCAGCAGACUGUGUUCCUCUUCACGGGGAUGCAGAACAUCAACUGGAUCCCUCCCCAGCCGCAUCCCGGGACUCCUUUCGACAUCAUUCAGCCUGUGCUCCAGUACGGGCCGAGCGCUGCGGGUGGUUGGGACUACUGGGCGAUUGCGUCGUGGUACGUCACGCUCACCGACGAUGUCGUCUACAGCGACAUCCAGACCGUCCAGUCCGGCGACGUCAUUUUCGGCAACAUGACCAAGGUGGGCGCUGACGCCUGGUACAUCAACACGGUGGACGUCACCUCUCAGAUCAACUCGGCGAUCACCGUCUCCCGCCCUAUUCUCGCCACCCAGCCCUGGAUCUAUGUGACGCUCGAGGCCUACGGCAUCUACGAUUGCUCGCUCCUGCCCACGGGCACCGUUCCCUUCACCAAGCUCCAGCUGACCGUGGAGCGCGAACUCACGACACCCAAGUGGGAGACUGGCAACCAGAACCCCUUCUGCACGACCACAAUCAAGGUGACCGACCCAUCCACCGUUGUCAUCGGCUUCCAGUAG